ACUAAACUCCGAGUUCUAAAAUUGUGUCAGAUUAAAUUUGUUUGUUAUUAAAGUGCUUGUGUAUCGUUUUUAAAUUGCAAUCUAAUAUCUAAUUGCAUUAAUUUUGGAAGUUAAUUUAAUAAUUAACGACCGCAUCAUGUACUGGAAUAUUAAAGUCUGCAUCAUUCUGAUUACUAUCUAUAGUGUGAGGGCUCAGAGUUAUUCAGCGGGAGUUGUUGUUUACAGGCCAUUUUUUCCUCCAGACUCAACAUCCGAUGAAAUAGUUCGUGAAAAUACAAACAGUUAUGUCGAUUUGAUAAUCAAGAACAAAAAUAAGGUGGAUAUUUUAGUAUUUCCAGAAUUUGGACUGACCAAUAUAAGACCAAAGGAUAAACUUAAAGAAUUUUUGUCUGCAAUAAGUUCAAAAGUAGGCAAUGUAAGCAGUGAAAUAUGCAUUAAACAUAAUCUACAGGAGAAUAUAGUGAAACUAGCUUGUGCAGCAAAGGACAAUGGUAUUUACGUUAUUGCAAACUUGGUAGAAAUGGAAGGCGAAAAGUAUUAUUUAACGACCGUUGGAUUAGGUCCUGAUGGCUUUCUUAGCUUGAAAUGUCGAAAAAGUCACUUAGUAAAUGGAUCUAAUUUUGAAAAUAAUACUGACGAAAAAUCAUGUACGUUCACAGCUAAAUUUAAAAAACACGGUGAUGUCCCUUUUACUGUCUUAUUUGGUAACGAUGUUGUCCAUCCAAUUCCAGCAGCUAUUAAAACUGAAAAUGUAAUAAUGACUUCUUCGAUCAAAAAUGUUCUUCCUCUAAAUGUUGGUUUUAGUAUCUACCAGGGAUUUGCAAUUUCUAAUGGAAUAAAUUUAUUGGUUUCGGGUUAUUACGAAAAGAAUAUUAAUAGCGAGUAUGACAAUUAUGGAGGAUCGGGAAUUUAUUAUGCUAAUGGCACAAGCACAGUUGCCUUUAAGCCCGACGGUCCAGAAUCAGAUGCUGCAAGCGGUAUGGUUUUGCAAGCUGAUAUUCCAAUAAAGGGUUCCUCAGUCUUUCCCGUGCGAGUACAAUCUCGCCUCGUAGGAGAAAUAACCAAAUUGAAUUUGCAAUACAUGAAUAUUUCGGCUUUAAAUGAUACAAGUAAAAGUCUAAAAAAAUGUAUUGACUCGAAAAAUUGUUGUGAGUUUAAAGCAGAAUUAACAAACGAUACAAUUGGACUAUACAAGUGGAUUGCAAUGGCAAAUAAAACAUUCAUUUUGGACCAAGAAGUGGACAUCUUCCUUUGCGCUCUUGUGGCACCGUCAGCAAACGCCCUAAAAUCUUUCAAAAAUAUAACGAUUUCUUCAAACGUCGAUAGAUCACAAACGUUUCAGAGUUUACCUUUAGCUUUGGGACCAAACAUUUCGCCAAUCGAUUUCAUUUACAACAAUAAUACUAAUGAAAUGAUAUUAAGUAAAGAAGAAACUGUUGCGAUAUUUGGGCUUUUAUAUGUCGUGAAUACAGCUGCUACAGAUGCCGGGUCUAGCGUAGCUUUAAUUGUAAUUAUAACUUUACUUUGUAUAACUUUAGUCGUUUUACUUGUUGGUUUCCUGAUUUGGAGGAAACGACAAAGAAAGAAUCGACGUGCUUUGUAAAUUAGCUAAAGCGAUUUUGACAUAAUUAAUUUGGUUUAAUUUGGGGAAGAACAAAAUAAUAUUUGGAUUAAAUAUUUGUUUAAAAUUGAG